AUGUCCGAAACGCAUCGUGGAAGAAAAUAUUGGCUCUGCUGGCUACUAAUUUUGUUUGCGUACAACCGACAACAUUCCACUCUUCAACCUUCCGCCUUUGACAGCGCCAAGACGAUGAAGACACCCUUCCUGUUGUUGCUGCUCCUUGCCCAUGGCCAUGCAAAAGAGCUCAUUGCUACUGACGAAUGGCAAAAGGUAGGAGACACCGAUACAUUGCCAGCUGGUCUUGAGAUCCGAAUGGACCUUACGAAUGGCGGAAAAUGGGCUCGGCUACUGCAGAAAGAAAUCGAUCCGCCUAAUCAUUCGGAACUACAGCCACACGAAAAGCGCUGUGGUCCAAGCUGCAAAGAGCGUCAAGAGGCAAGAGCGGAAAAGCGUAGAGCCGCCGGGUUCAUGUUGAGAGAGCCAAGUCAUCAUCAGCACUCCAGACGACGACAACAAGAAACGGAUGUGGACAUCGAAUUUGGUGGCUCUGCUAGUAGUUCGAGUCUCUUUCAUGCAAUGAUUGUUUUUGUGGCCGGAUUGGGCAUUGGUCUGGGUGUGGCGACAAGAUUUCGAAGAAAGAGUGGGAGCUUGCACGAGUCCUAGCCUUGCUGGUUAAAACCUAACUGCGGGUACCGCACAAAUGCUCAAGCCUUCCAGGUUCCUGUUGUGUUCGAUCUUGCCAGCUGGAAGACAUGAAAUGUCUGUGGGGAUCAUCACCAGUACCGAAGAAGUCAACUGGAAUCGAAUCAUAUUAAAAUUUCUUCUUUAGGAAAGUCGGCCGCGAUUUGUGGAGGAGAGUACGUACCUGCGGCAAUUCUUGCAUUGUUCCUGCGAACGGAUUGAAUGUUUCAACCGGCAAGGCAGCAGAAACAUUUCGUCACCCAAAGGCCGAGAACAAGUCUGGGAAAGCCCUCUUCAACGUGCCUAAAGCAAUGAGCAAAUAUGCUCCAACAAAAUCUUGUAUGUGCACAUGAUGGCAGGAGGAAACUGUAAACAGCAUUCGUACUAAUCAGCAGGGAGAGUGGCAACUCCCAGCAUGCCAUGGGAUGAGAUGGAGCAGAAGAGAGCAGGUUCAACUUUGACUAUACUGGUAACGUGGAGUGUAACUUAUGCAACUAUGGUCCUGGUUUCUGGUUGGAAGGACUAUACCUUUUGUGCAUUCUGAGCGAUACUCGUGAUGCGCUACAACGUGGCCUGUGAAGGGGGGAUGGAAGGGAGUGCAUUUCUGAGCACUUCCUGCGGUAUAGGAGACAGGUGAACGGGUAGAAGUUAAAGGAAUAGUGGGACCAUAUCUCCUUGGCAAGAGACAGGUUGAUACCUUAGUGCCUGCUGCAAUCCGCUACCAGUACUGUGCGAGGCGAAAGGCAAAACAUGAGUUCCCUCUGCCUAUCCUUCUGGAGCCUUGUCUACUACAAUAGUACGUUGUGGUUUCCCGGUUCAUGAGUGGAUGGACAAUCCUUUCGCUGUGUUGGCCUGUUUAGUCCACCAUCACUUUCUAGGUGGUACCGGUACAGCGUGUCCUCAUCCCUGGUCAUGCUUCGCAUUGCAAACGGAUGUCGUCUGACUACUUGAGGGCACUCGUCAAUCUGAACGAAUCAAGCCAUUAUCGGCUCAUAAGUGUCGGUUGACAGCUUCCGAUUGGUGCUGGUACUUCCAAUGAAGGAUUUUCCUAACGUCUUUAAGAGUCUACAACAGAGUG